AUGAAGCUCACACUAGCUGUGCUGCCUCGACGCUUCUCGAUUCCAGGCUGCUCACGGCUCGGACUCGUGCCGCUCAGCGCAUCACCACUAUCGCAGAAAGCUGUUUUCGAUCUCAGAGGUAGCUCGCUACACGGGCGACGGGGAGGUAAAGGGUGGUUCGAGAUGCCGGCGCGCGCUCGGGCCAAGAAUCGGCCGCCCAAAACGUGGGCCUCGACACACCAAGCGCGAGCACAGGGACAGCAGCAGCGCCACAGCUCCACGACGGCCAGCAAGCAAUCAAGAUACAGGCCGCAUCAGUGGAAGAUCUCGCCCGCAAAGGCGGCCAAGGAGGCCGAGCAGGAGAGGCUCGAACGCGGGCUGGACAUCUACACCCACACUGUUCCCGCUGGCCCCGAGGUAGCGACAGGUGCAGACUUCCUCCUGGCGCGAUCCAAGCCUUCAUCCGAUUCCGUUGCUGCGGUUCCUCAAGAUUGGACAGCUCCGGCGCGGCUCAAGACGCCGCUGCUAGCAUACACGGCCGACUAUGACGAGGCUGAAGAGCUGCUCUCGUGCCUCGGGCCCGGGCCUAUGGGCCUGGAUCUGGAAUGGAACUUUACACGCUUCGGCGGGGCGAACCGCACGGCGCUGCUGCAGCUGUGCAGUCCGAGGAUGAUCCUGGUCAUCCACAUGUCGGCCAUGUCGCACCGCGUGCCACCACUGCUGCGCACGAUCCUGCAAGACCCGAGCAUCAUCAAGACGGGCGUGGCGGUCCGGAACGACGCGCUCAAGCUGCAGCGCGACUAUGCGAUCCACAUGCGCAACGUGCUCGAGCUGAGCAACCUCGCCAAGCUGGCGCAGCCGGCGCGGUGGGCGAGCGUGGGGACGCUCAUCAGCCUGCGCGACCUCACACGCAUCUACCUCGGCCGACGGCUGCGCAAGGGCGACGUGCGCGUGAGCGACUGGGAGACGUUCCCGCUCGACCAGGAACAGAUCGAGUAUGCGGCGAGCGAUACGUUUGCCAGCCUGGAGGUGCUGCGUGCGAUUGCAGAGUACUUUACCCCCACGCCACCGGACAAGGAACGAGACAGAGGAGGAAUGCUCGCAAAGCUGGACGAGAUUGAUGCGUCGGCGCAAAGACAGGCGACGAGGGAGCCGCUGGAUCUGGCGAGCGCGCUGCGAUUGAGUGCGUACGAUCUGCUUCAGGAGCGCAUGCAGCUCACAGCGGCCGAGACGCAGAAGCAGCAACUGCGCACCGCCUUACGCGAGCUUCGGGCGCCAGACCAGCCAAAGGAGCCGAUCAAGCAGAGCAAGCCGAUUCAAUCGCCGAAACCCGCUGCAAGCGUCGCGUCCACCCUACCGCCGCGGCCGAAACGCAGGGCGGUAGCUGCAAAGCAAGACGAGGGGGAGAGCAGCGACGAGGGAGUGACGGUGACGCGUGUGCUGCUGGCGCACGACCGGGCCAUGCAUCGGUGGCUGUACUCGAGCGAGACGAUCGUGCAAGUAGCGGCGGGGAGCAGCAUCAAGCCGACGACGGUGGCGCAGUACCUGCUGCGUGCGCUCAUCGUUGCCAAACGCACCGCAUGGCAGGGCGACGCCGAAGCCAAGCAGCUGCUGAGCCGCUUCUCGCGCGACCACCAAUGCCGUCUCGACACCGAGCUCAAGGCGGUGGGCGCGGUGGAGCGCAAGCGGUACCGCCUGCUUGCCAAGAGCUUGGGCUGUUCCGAUGUGUCCGAGUCCGCCAAGAGGCGCGGCAGCCCUAGUCUGUCUGAUGACGAGACGAGCGCAGACGCACAGGGACCCGCCGCAGUCACAUCGCCGGUGGCCAACAGGGCGGUGUCGCCAAUCGAGGUGGCGGAGAGCGAUGACGAGGUAGACGUGGUCGAGACGAGUCGCUAG